AUGUGUGGUUUCCGCCAGUGCACAGUUGCCGAUUUCCACGCAGUAAGUAACGAGAGUAUGACUGUAUGUCCGUCCUGUCCCUUGUCAUAUUGCCGAAUUUGUCGCUUACGUUGCAAGAGCGUUAGUCACGUCCAAAAUAUCAGGCAGCUCGGGUAAUGCAUCUACCCCUUUAGCAUCAAGUUGACAGUCUUCAUCGAACUCAUGACGCUCAAGGGGCGUUAAUGUCUGUAAAUGCUGUUGCAGCUGCCGCAGAUGUCCUUAUCGCUGCCUACAUCUGCACGUUCUUCCAAAAAUUUUGCACUGGUUUCCGGAGGCCUGAUACCGUGCCAGAUAAGCUGAUUCUUCUUACCAUCAGUAAUGGUCUGCUCAUCAGCGUUUGCGUGUCCUUCAUUUCUAUUUCAAUAUGGCCCGAUACUUUCAUCUACAUUGCGUUCUAUGUCUAUCUGGGUCGUCUUUACCAGUGCUACUCCUUGCUGGUAACCCUUAAUGCACGUAAGGGUCUCCGCAGUCAUUUUCGCGACGACAAUAUGCUGCUUUCGCUACAGGGAAUCAAUCAUGUCACUGGCACUUCACAGAGGGCGAGUGCCGUGAUUUUGUUUCUUGAUGUCAUGCGGCAGUUCGCUCCAAAUGAGAAUUCAUCUGCACUGGAUCUUUUGAAGCUCUGAGGAGCUCGUUCUGGUAUCGUGCAGGAGAUUCACAACGCCCACCCAAUAUAUUUAUAGGUAAAAACCUUGAUACUGGACUCAAGUCGUGGUCGACUGAGUUCAAUGAAUCAGUUCACGACGCCAGUCAAACUUUCAUUCGUGACUCAGCCCUCGAGUCACCGGUU